UGCGGCAGUUACACACCAAAGCCAAGAUGAAGAUGAGGUUCCUCUGCCAGCUCAAUCUGUUAGUUCUACUUUUGCAUCAGUAUCUUGCCAUGGAAGAGCCCGAGCAGCAAGACGUGAAGAUGAUCUACAGCAACUCUGUGCUGAGCAUGGUCAAGCUUUUGGAAAUGGAAGAUGCUUUAAAAGACAACCUGGCGUCCUACGUCAAAGCCAUGCAAACAAAAUUGGAUGAUUUAAAACUUUUUCAACAGUUGCUGCAGAGAAAGACAAUGACAAGUCUAGAGGAAAGGGAGGAAUUUAUGGGAAAUCCGCUCAAUGCUUUUCCCCUGCUGCGACGCCUCAAUGAGGAUUGGCCCAAGUGGUUGAAUUAUCUACAAACACCCAUAGCCAGCAAAAGCACAAACGCAAUGGAACAAAGAUUGAAAUUAUCACCCAGCAAUGAGGAUCUUCAGGUGGCGCUCAAAGGUUUCGCGCGCAUCGAAAGUUUCUACGAUCAAGAGGCAGCGGACCUGGCCAAGGGUUACCUAUUGGGGCAACACUUUGACUCUGAGUUGACGGCCCCUGACUGCUUUGCUCUGGCUGAGUUUUACUGCAAUCAAACGAAAUUCUCAAGUAUACAAAUGAAAAGAGAACAAAAUACCCUACUGAUCGGUUGCCUGGGCUUGUUUCCACCCAUUAGGAAUCGUAGUUGUCACUACGAGAGUACAAGAACAGCCUUCCUGCGACAAAGUCGAGUUGCUUAG